GUUUCUGAGCCUCGAUUUGCAAUGAAACGUCAAAACAGAUCAUAAUAAAAACAAAGAAUUUCACCAAUUGUAGCUUAGCAACAGAAUUGAUUUUGGGAAAACUCAAAGGCUGUUCAACGGAGUGCAGUGACGUGUCAUGUGCGAUGGAUGGAUGAUGUGACCAGACCAGAGUUGGGCAGACAUUUUGGCUCAAUCAGGAAGCCAGUUUCACAAAAUCGCAAGCUUUGAGCCAUAUAUGAUCAUUCAUACAGUUACAGUUAGUUUCAGUAAACGUAAGGGUACAGGUUGUGGUCGGGACAGGGUGGUUCGGGUGGUGUUCCUGCACCCUGAUCUGGGUAUAGGUGGAGCAGAGCGUCUGGUGGUUGAAGCAGCUGUAGCUCUGCGCUCUCGUGGAUGCGGCGUUCAGAUCUGGAUGGCACACUAUGACCCCCAGCACUGCUUCUCUGAGACGCUUCCACCUGACCUGCCCGUGGUGUGUGUGGGUGACUGGCUUCCCACCAGCAUGUUUGGCUAUUUCCAUGCUCUGUUUCAGCAUGUAUCCACUUUUGGGGUUUGGCACGCCACAGAAAAAAAGUCCUAUUCUACUGUCAUUUUCCUGACCAACUACUUACUCUCUCAAGCAACUACUGACCCACUACUGAAUAUGCUCUGAAGCGCAUAUAUCGCGGCCCCAUCGACUGGUUCGAGGA